UUCACAUUAACCUCCAGCACAGGAGGAGAGGCUAGGAGAAGGCACAAAGCAGCCAAGGUAACGCGCAGGAACGCGCCGUGGGGAGGCAGCCCGGCGUGCGGCGGAGCCCAGCGCGGGCAGGCAGCCCCGGCCGGGAGGCAGCGCGGUCGGCAGGGCUGCGAGAGGGCACUCCUGCCCUGCCCAGCCCGGCAGGUCCUGCCAGGGCUCGGGGCCGGCUCUGCAGUGCCCACAGGAUCAGGUGGUUGCGGAGCCGGGCGCAGCCGUACGAUGCAGCUGAGACGAGCACAGCCCCCGGCAGCCUCCGGAGCUGCUCUCCAGAACAAGGCGACCUCUAAGCUCCAAUCCAUCACAGAAACGAUGUGCUGAUACUGCAGGACACCAGGGCAACAAUGGAAUACCAGAUAUUGAACACAUCUACCUGUCUGCUGGUCCUUCUGGUUUUCAUACCCACUGGUUUGGGUAUCUGUCCUUCUAGCUGUAAGUGCUCAGGAAACGACAGGAAUGUGGACUGUUCAGGCAGAAACUUAACUGUACUGCCCCAGGGACUUCAAGACAACCUUACAUAUUUAAAUCUGUCCUUUAACCAGUUUGUAGAUCUCGAUCAUCAGCUAACGAGGUUCACCAAUCUGAGGACCCUUGAUAUUUCAAAUAAUUGGCUCAAGAAUGUUCCCGCUCAUCUGCCCAAGUCCUUAUGGGAAUUAUAUGCCACAAACAACAACAUUAAAGUUCUUCAGAAACUUGAUACAGCUUACCAGUGGAAUCUUAGAGUGCUCGAUAUUUCCAGGAAUAUGGUGGAAAGAGCUGUCCUGAUCAACAACACACUGAGCAGUCUCAAGUUUCUCAAUCUCAGCAGCAACAAACUUUGGACAGUUCCAACCAAUAUGCCCUACAACAUAGAGACAGUGGAUCUAUCCAAUAACUUCUUGUCCCAGAUACUCCCAGGAACACUGGUGAGACUGCAACACCUCACAAGCCUCUACCUGCACAACAACAAGUUCUCACACAUUCCUGACAAAGCUUUCGACCAGCUGUCCCAGCUGCAGGUAAUAACUCUGUACAACAACCCCUGGUCCUGCAGCGAUAACCAAAACAUCCCUUACGUGCUGCAGUGGGUGCAGGGCACAGCUGCCCGUGUUGUGGGGGCUCCCUGUGCUGAGCAGCCCUGGCCCUGGGCGAGCACCGCGCCAGCCCCGGCCCUGCCCACGGCCCUGGACUCCAGCCCCAUGAUCAAAGGCACCAAGGCAGCGGACAGGGAGGCUCCCGCCGCGGCGCCCGAGCCCACCGAAGUGACCAAAACGCACAAACAAUUUAAAGCCAAGGAAGUCCCUCCCUUGGCCACCCAAAGCCACCCGGCUCCGUUCCCCGGCACCCCCGACGGCCCCCAGGAGGCCGCGGCCACUCGCACAAUCCUCGUCCAGGACUCCGGCCAGGGCAACGCCAGCCUGGCCCCGGCCACGGGAUCCUCCACCACUCCCGUGACUUUAAGCAUCACCAGUGGAAUGCCAACAAACUACUCCAAGAUGCCUCAAAGCACAACCGCUACCUUAAGGAAGGAGGAGGCCGCGCCGAGCGCGCGCGUGCCCUCCCGCGCCAGCCGCUGGCAGGUGGGGCUGCUCUGUCUGCCGCUGCUGCACGCCCUGGCCCUGGCUAUGGACUGAGGCCUUGCACCCCGGGGAAAUUGCUGAGGUUAUUCCUGUGAUAACAGCUGGAGUUAACACGCCCAGCUGAAAUAAUGAAUGAAAGAAAUUCAAAGUCCUGACUCUGAUCUGAAGAAAGUAACGGUUCUUAAAGACGCGCACACUAAUGUCUUGAUACUAAGCUGCUACUUAUUUUCAUAUGUCUUAAUUGAGUACAACUAAUCUAUUAUUUUGUUUUUAAAAAUGUGCUUAUUUUGUAUUUAAAUUUUUCAUUUUACUUGCACAGAAUAAACACAUCGGAAUUUUAAGUACUGAUUUUACGUAUGAUUUUGUCAUUGAACAACUGGAAAAAAACAGAAGGCCUGUAUCAUAUCUGCAUUGUCUUGCUUGACUUGCCAGUGAGCAAUUCCUGUAAUAUAGCAGCAGAUUCUUUGUAAGUUAUGAUGACAUGCAAAAGAAAGGGAAAAAAUAAAGGAACUAAACUGAACUGUUUCACUAAUCAGAAGUUAUUCCUGAGCAAAAUCGCUAGCAUGUAUAUCUACAUUUGCUUCAUAUGUAUUAGAGUAUCUUAAAUAUGAAGAACAACAGUUUUGAAUUUAGGAAUUAAAUAAGACAAUGCCAAGAUGUCUGCUAAGAGGGUGUAAACUGAGAUGGCAACGUGGUCCAGCUUCAGCAUGGGACAGUGGUAGGGGCCAGUAUCCUUCUGCUCUGGCUUGACUUAGACACUGCAGGCAAGUUAUUGCUUUCUCCAUAUUAAAAAAAGAAAAAAAAAGAAGAAAAAAAAAGAUAAAAGUAGAGAAAAAUGCCAGAUGUUCAAUGCCAUGUCACUGUCAAACACAAAGGAGUUACCUACCCAAAUUAAUGACCUGGAAGCCCUUGACUUUAUGUCAAGUGACAUCCUGAAAUGUUAAUAUGUUCUGCUUAAAAGAAUACCACAAAUCAGCCAGAACGUAGCAAACUACUACCAGUAAAAUGAAAUAUCAGCCGAUUUCUAACACAAGUCAUGUAACAAAUCAAUUAAGCAGUUAGCUGGUAAGCUGUCAUCGAAACGUUCCUGACUCUUGUGACUCCAAAGAGAAUGAAUCCAGUCCAUGGCACUGAACAUGCCCAAAUCCCUGCUUCCUAAGGGCGAGCAUGGAUGCUCUUCUCCUCCACAUCUGCACCGUCAGCCAGUAGAAAUAGCUGCACGCAUGGUUCUGUCCACUCUAGGAAAAUUAUUUAAAUUAUGGCACAGGUACCUGAUAUACUACAGAUGAAGUUUUGCAAACAGCAUGAAAUGAAAACCGAAGAACAAGUUAACUGAAAAAGUAUUAUCCACUUAAUAUUACAGAUCUUAUACAAUGUUUUCCAUUCAUUCCAGGCCAUUUAAUUUCCAGUUAUUGUAGCAUGAAGGUGCUGCAAAACCCAGAAAACCUCACAACCAAGACUGGAGUCCUCU